AUAAGUUUGCAUACCCUGCUCCUUGUAAUCCCCCCUUCUUGCUCACUUUCCCGUUAGAGUUUCUACUUAUCUUUCAUUACAAAAAAAGUGAAAUUUUCAGAGUACAAUGGGUGAACAAGUCGAACAGCAGGAAAAAACUCAAGAGGGAGCUAAACCAGAGGAAAAGAAAGUGGAGGAGAUAAAAGAAGAACCUAAGCCACCCUCCCCUUUGGUUUUGUUUGUGGACUUGCAUUGUGUGGGUUGUGCAAAAAAGAUAGAGAGGUCCAUUCUUAAGAUUAGAGGAGUAGAGGGAGUUGUGAUUGACAUGGUGAAAAAUCAAAUAACUGUAGAGGGAGUUGUGGAGGCUCAAGUUGUAUGCAAUAAAAUCAUGAAGAAAAUAAAGAGAAGAAUCAAAGUUUUAUCACCAUUGCCAGAAUCCGAGGGUGAAGCUAUGUCGGAAGUUGUUGCCUCACAGGAUAGCGAACUAACUACAAUGGAACUGAAUGUGAACAUGCAUUGUUUGGCUUGUGCCCAGCAGCUUAAGAGAAAGAUACUCAAAUUGAAAGGAGUUCAAAUAGCCGAGACAGAAUUCAGUUCUGGGAAAAUUAAGGUUACGGGUACUAUGGAUGCAGACAAGCUCGUUGAUUAUAUCUACAAAAGUACAAAAAAGCAGGCCAAAAUUAUACCACAGCCCGAAACCGAAGAAUCAAAGCCCAAGGAGAAUAAAGACGAAAAAAAACCAGAUGAAGCAGCCAAGCAAGAGGAAGAAAAAAAUGAAGAGAGAGGAGAAAACGAGGAAAAAGGAGAGGAAAAGGGUGGGGAAAACAAGGAGGAGCCCUUUAAAGAAGGAGAUAUUAACUUUAGUGAUGAAGAGGCCAUGCAUAAACUCGUGCAUUAUUAUCAGCCUUUGUAUGUGAUUGAAAGAAUUCCCCCUCCCCAGCUGUUUUCAGAUGAGAAUCCUAAUGCUUGCUGCAUUAUAUAAUUAUCAAUAAAUUCACAAAGUUGAGAAUUUUAAACACAA